GCCAAUCCCACUCGUUGUUGUUGAUCCCCGGCAAAAAGGAAAGGAGCCGCGAAAAGAAUCGAAGUCAGCUGCGAAUGAUGUCUAUCGUGUUUGAAUAUUACUGUGAAACAAGCGGUUCAUGAUAUAAGUGGUUGUGUUUUGUCACAUAACCAAAAAAACCCGCCUUUAAGGCUGGUGCCUCUGUCUCAGACCCGGGUUAAAGAUGCUGUCUACUGGAGAUGUCCAAGGUUGUCUUCGUACACUGGAAAGUCUCCUGCGGGUGAUAAGGUAUCCAGGAUGUGUGGACUACAAUGGUCUGUCAAAAGGAGAUCCCUCAGCUUUUCUUCCAAUAGUGAGCUUUACCCUGACAUCCUUCUCUCCACCUCUUGCUGAGCAACUGAUGUCAGCUGGACUGGAGCUCACUGGCAAAACCGACCUCCGAUUCACAGACAAGCUUUACAAGGUCCUAAGAGAUAUAUUCCACUACAAGCCCAUACUAACCAAGCAGCAGUUUCUCCAGUGGGGUUUCUCUCAAAGGAAAAUCUCUGUCAUCUGUGACGUCAUUAACUUGGUCCUAAAGAAACAUAACCAACUGAAAAAGGACCAGGGCGAGGCCGGCCCAGCCACACAUACCAGUGGCCGACACUGCAAGGAUCCAGGCGAGCUAAAUUUCCAGCCCAGAGGCAGAUGUCCAGGCUCACACAAGGAUGGUAGAGAGGCUCAUCCAACACUGACUGAUGUAGGCAGUGUGUCCCGGUCAUUUGGUAUGACUCUCAUACAAAAUCCUUCCUCUUUUCCCACAAACCCCUCCCAAUCCCAUAAAGUAAGCUCCGCCUCUAAUCAUAAUGAAGUCCAGGCCACCAGUUCUCCUGAAAAUGGAAUCUCAGAGCUGGCGGAAGGAAAAGAUGACAAGGAUAUCAUGUUGCAUUUGUCUGAAGUGGAUAGACGGCUCUUAGCAAUGGAAACUCAGCUAAAAAAUACUCUGUCUGGACUAGACAGGCUCAAGAUUCUGGAGAAACGCCUGGAGGAACUUGAGCGAGGGAGAAAGACAGACAAGAAUGGAGAAGAAUUUGUCACCAUAUGUAGCACGAGCUGGGAAAAUCUAAUGAGCAGACUCCUAUUAUUGGAAACUAAACUGGAACUGAGCAAUCCACAGGUAAAGGCUGCACAACCAUCUCCAUCAUCCAGCACCUUCAGCACCACGCCUGAUUCUUCAAAGGAGGUCCUCACAGACAGGCUAGAGAGCAUCACCAACAUGCUGAGGAGCACCUCCAAUUUGUUGAAGAACACUCAACCUUCCACAACAUUUGCAAACAUGUGAUAAAUGAUUGCACACACACACACAGCUUGCUUUGUCGCUUUUCUAACAAGCUACCUGGACUUUUUAGGCAAAAUGAGAAAGUCCUGUAUGUAGUGAAAUUAUUUUAAGAAAGGUACUGUCACCAUCAACAUUUAUUCAGGGACGAAGGCCUCAGCUGAUGAGAUUAAAGUAGAUGAUUUGUACACUAUUACCCCUCCACAAUAAAAUGCUAUA